AUUCAUUCAUUGAGAGAUCGCGCUCUUGCACUUUCUCUCUCUCACUCCCCAUUCUCUCUCUUUCUCUCUCUUCUUGCACCUCCGAAACUCUUCUCUUGUGUGUGAAAAAGCAAAUUUGUGAACUCUGAAUUAGUUCGGAAGCUCCUCACUCCUCGGUGACAGAACUAAACAGAGAGGGUUACCUUGUGCUGCUGAUGGCCACCAACGAAAAUCUUCCGCCUAAUGUGAUAAGGCAACUUGCCAAGGAGUUGAAAAAUCUUGAUGAAACCCCUCCCGAGGGCAUUAAAGUUGUCGUGAAUGACGAUGAUUUUUCAACAAUUUUUGCUGACAUUGAAGGCCCUGCUGCAACUCCUUAUGAGAGUGGAGUUUUCCGCAUGAAGUUGAAACUAUCGCAUGAUUUUCCACACUCUCCUCCUAAAGGAUAUUUCUUGACCAAGAUUUUCCAUCCAAAUAUUGCCAACAGUGGAGAGAUUUGUGUCAACGCGCUCAAAAAGGAUUGGAAUCCUAGCCUUGGGUUACGGCAUAUUCUCAUCGUUGUUAGGUGUCUAUUGAUUGAACCGUUUCCAGAAUCAGCUUUAAAUGAACUGGCUGGUAAACUACUGCUUGAAAAUUAUGAGGAGUAUGCUAGACAUGCCAGGCUUUUAACCGGAAUCCAUGCAAAACCAAAGCCGAAAUUCAAAAGUGGAGCUAUAACCGAAUCAACUACUGCUCUGAAUGUUGAUCAGACAAACACUUCGGUGCUUAAUUCUGACAUCAAAACCAUGCCGUCAGGUGCUGCUUUGCCACCACUGUCAUUGCCCUUAACCACUGGAGCAAGAGGAACUGGUCAGGAUCAGGCAGUAGUGGGCGUUCUGACCGAGUCGUCUGCUAAUGUUUCUUCUGCUGCCGCGGUAGUUUCUGCUGCUCAUGCACCACAAAAGAGGGACAUUGGAACUGCUAAAGCUCAGGCAGACAAGAAGAAGCUAGAUGCUAGAAAGAAAAGUUUGAAAAGAUUGUGAUGAAGCUGUUCAAUAAUCAAACCUUUUAUUUGUGCCUUAGUUUUGCAAUUUGAUAGAAAGAAAGAAAAAAAACAAACAAAAAAAAAAGAGGGGAGGGGGAAGGGAUAUGGGUAAUGGGUGAAAUUGAACUAUUGUGUACUAUUGAUCUUUCUGGGAAAGAAGACUCACCCUUAUUUUUAUUAUUAUUUGUUUAUUUCUCAAA